GGGGGGCGUCCAGCCGAAAGAGCACUGCCACUUUCACCCAGCCACUGGAACUCCAGUUACCCAGUAGCCUUCACCUAGCCUUCAGCCCCCAGACCCUGCCUGAGGAUGCCCACCUCCGGGGGAACAGACCCUAAAGGGGAGGACUACUCCACCGCCAUUUUGAAACAGAAGCAGCGCCCGAACCGGCUCGUUGUGGACGAGGCUCUGAAUGAAGACAACAGCAUUGUGUGUCUGUCUCAGGUGAAGAUGGAGGAGCUGCAGCUGUUUCGGGGCGACACCGUGGUUCUGCGGGGGAGGAAGCGCCGGCAGACCGUCUGCAUCGUGCUGACGGACGAGACCUGUGCCGAGGAGCGCGUGCGCAUGAACCGCGUCACACGCAACAACCUGCGCGUCCGCCUCGGCGACGUCAUCAGCAUCCAGGCGUGCCCGGACGUGAAGUACGGAAAACGCGUGCACGUGCUGCCGAUCGAUGACACUAUCCAGGGGCUCACGGGGAACCUGUUUGAGGUCUUCCUCAAGCCCUACUUCCUGGAGGCCUACAGACCCGUGCACAAAGGGGACAUCUUCCUGGUGAGGGGGGGCAUGCGGGCGGUGGAGUUUAAGGUUGUGGAGACGGACCCCUCCCCCCACUGCAUCGUCGCGCCUGACACCAUCAUCCACUGUGAGGGGGAACCAAUCAAGAGAGAGGACGAGGAGGAGAGCCUCAAUGACAUCGGCUACGAUGACAUCGGCGGAUGCCGCAAACAGUUGGCCCAGAUCAAGGAGAUGGUGGAGCUGCCGCUUCGCCACCCGGGGCUCUUCAAAGCUAUCGGCGUCAAGCCUCCACGGGGGAUUCUGCUGUACGGCCCUCCAGGGACGGGGAAGACCCUGGUGGCUCGUGCCGUCGCCAACGAGACCGGAGCUUUCUUCUUCCUUAUCAAUGGCCCGGAGAUAAUGAGCAAGCUCGCGGGAGAGUCGGAGAGUAACCUGCGCAAGGCCUUCGAGGAGGGCGAGAAAAACGCCCCGGCCAUCAUCUUCAUCGAUGAGCUGGACUCCAUCGCGCCCAAGAGGGAGAAGACCCACGGCGAGGUGGAGCGGCGGAUCGUCUCACAGCUCCUCACCCUCAUGGACGGCCUGAAGCAGCGCGCCCACGUCGUCGUCAUGGCAGCCACCAACCGCCCCAACAGCGUCGACCCAGCCCUGCGGCGCUUCGGGAGAUUUGAUCGGGAGAUUGACAUCGGAAUUCCAGACUCCACAGGGCGGCUUGAGAUUCUGCAGAUUCACACCAAGAACAUGAAACUGUCCGACGAUGUGGACCUGGAACGGAUUGGGAAGGAGACGCACGGGCACGUGGGGGCGGACCUGGCCGCGCUGUGCUCAGAGGCCGCACUGCAGGCCAUCCGCAAGAAGAUGACGCUCAUCGACCUGGAGGACGAGACCAUCGACGCCGACCUCCUCAACUCCCUCGCCAUCACCAUGGACGACUUCCGGUGGGCCCUGGGGCAGAGUAACCCCUCAGCCCUGAGGGAGACGGUGGCAGAGGUCCCGCAGGUGAACUGGGAGGACAUCGGGGGUCUGGAGGAGGUCAAAAGGGAGCUGCAGGAGCUUGUACAGUACCCGGUGGAGUACCCGGACAAGUUCCUCAAGUUCGGGAUGACCCCAUCCCGCGGGGUGCUGUUCUACGGCCCCCCCGGCUGCGGCAAGACCCUGCUGGCCAAGGCCAUCGCCAGCGAGUGCCAGGCCAACUUCGUGUCCAUCAAAGGCCCGGAGAUGCUGACCAUGUGGUUCGGCGAGUCGGAGGCCAACGUGCGGGACGUCUUCGACAAGGCUCGGCAGGCGGCCCCCUGCAUCCUCUUCUUUGACGAGCUGGACUCCAUCGCCAAGGCUCGCGGGGGCGGGGCCGGAGACGCAGGGGGCGCGGCCGACCGGGUCAUCAACCAGAUCCUGACCGAGAUGGACGGCAUGAGCGACAAGAAGAACGUCUUCAUCAUCGGGGCCACCAACAGGCCUGACAUCAUUGAUCCCGCCAUCUUGCGCCCCGGCCGGCUGGAUCAGCUGAUCUACAUCCCGCUGCCCGACCUGCCCUCCCGCAGUGCCAUCCUGACCGCCAACCUGCGCAAGUCCCCCAUCGCCCGCGAUGUGGACCUGCCGUACCUGGCGCGCAUCACAGACGGUUUCUCGGGCGCAGACCUGACGGAGAUCUGCCAGCGCGCCUGCAAGCUGGCCAUCCGUGAGGCCAUCGAGGCCGAGAUCCGCGCCGAGAGACAGAGGCAGUCCCAGCAGGACGCCGCCAUGGACGAGGACGUGGACCCCGUGCCGGAGAUCCGGAAGGACCACUUUGAGGAGGCCAUGCGCUUCGCCCGCCGCUCCGUCAGCGACAACGACAUCCGCAAAUACGAGAUGUUCGCCCAGACACUGCAGCAGAGCCGGGGGUUCGGCAACUUCAGGUUUCCCUCUGAGUCCCAGUCGGGUCGGGGUCAGGGGUCAGGACCAGGGGGCAGAGACCCGGGGAGCCAGUACAGGGAUGAGGGGGACGAUGACCUGUACCAGUGAGAGAGGGGAGAGGUGCCCCAAUACCCUCGUGCGCCCCAAUACCCUCCCCCUUCACCUCAGAGCGAGUCACCCAUCUCAUCAAGUUAUUCAUUUACUUUUCAUUUUAUAGACGAACAAAUACCUGGUGUAAAUAUGACCAGAAAAAAAAAAAGUGCUCUUACAUGUAUGUGGUUCAUUUCAGCAGAUGAGUUUAAAAAGGAUUGAAAGAACGAGUAGCGUUCAAUUUCAACCGACAUUUUGUGACACAGCAGAAAAUUGGUGCCAAAACCUUGUACGUCAAUAUACAGAGCUGUGCUUUUCUUAUCGUCAGGAAGUUAAAUGUAUUUUAUUUUAUAUUUUAGGCCUUGGUGUUUAGUAUCAUAGUACGCAUAGAUGUGAGUGAAGGAGGUGUGGAGGUUGACUUUUACAGAGCAUUGUGAAUGGACUGUUUGAAAUGCUACGAGUUCGGUGUGAAUGAAGGAAUAAAAUUUGAAUAUUAGUCAUUUCA